AUGGCAACGGUCCUUGCAAGAGGCCCCCAGAUAGGAAAAUCUGAAGCUAUUGUCACCCCUGAACCUCUGUACGGAACUCCACCGAGCUCAGAGGUGAAGUUGUCGUUAGACCUCGUUCGAACCCUUAAUCUAGGCGAACCAACCGAGGAGAAGAAGUUCUGGUGGCAACGAGGUCGUAACUUCAAUCUCGAUGCGAUUGCAACACUUCCCUCUGUAUACGAUGACCCGGAAACAGCCAAAUACUAUCAGCCUCGUGCUGACUGGGAGAAUCUCCACCGUUUCAAUCCGAGUGCCAGAUGGACGUGGAGGGAAGAAUACCAGGUGCUCCGCAAAAUCGACCUUCGAAUCAUGGUAUUUGCCUGUAUCAUGUUCAUGUCUCUCGAGCUGGAUCGGGCCAAUAUCAAUCAAGCUCUAACAGAUACCUUUCUCAAAGAUCUCGGCAUGGACACCAAUGACUACAAUUGGGGUAAUAGCGUGUUCAAACUCGCCUUCUUGUGUGCUGAGCUGCCGUCGCAACUGGUAUCUAAAUGGAUGGGCCCAGAUCGCUGGAUCCCGACGCAAAUGAUACUUUGGUCUAUUGUUGCGAGUUGUCAAUUCUGGUUGUCCGGACGAAGCAGCUUCUUGGUCUGCCGAGUUCUCCUGGCUCUCUUGCAAGGAGGCUUUAUUCCCGACAUGAUACUGUACCUCUCAUACUUUUACAAGCACGGCGAGCUGUCUCUUCGUCUAGGCUUCUGGUGGACAGCCAUGUCGCUGGCCGAUAUCAUUGCUGGCUUCCUCGGCUUUGGCUUGCUCCAUCUCCGAGGACAUCUCGGUUACUCCGGCUGGAGGUGGCUUUUUCUCAUUGAGGGACUUUUCACCCUUGUCGUGGGACUAACUGCAUUCACCCUGAUGCCCCCAGGACCAUGCCAAACGGCCAACUGGGCUCGAGGCAAGAAAGGGUGGUUCACUGAACGCGAAGAGACCAUCAUGGUCAACCGGAUCAUCCGAGAGGAUCCAAGCAAGAGCACAAUGCACAACAGACAGCCCAUCACGCCUAAGCUGUUAUGGCAGAGUAUCUCCGACUAUGAUCUUUGGCCGGUCUAUCUACUAGGGCUGAAUUUCCAAACCCCCAUGACCACUCCGCAACAGUACCUCACCCUGAUUUUGAGGCAACUCGGGUUUGGAACAUUCAUGACGAACUUGCUGUCGAUUCCGAACUACGUCGGCCAUAUCAUCACCAUGCUCACCUUUACUUAUCUUGCCGAAGUUGUAGGUCAGCUCUGGAUUUUCGGCUUGCUCGCACAGCUGUGGGCUUUGCCUUUCCUGGCAUAUAUGUAUGCGGUCGACAUCAACAGUAUCAACAAAUGGGCUGCCUUUGGAAUCAUCACCACCCUUUUAGCGUACCCGAGUACCCAUGCAAUUCAAGUGGGCUGGAGCUCCAGAAACUCGAAUUCUGUCCGAAGCAGGACUGUCAGCGCGGCGCUGUACAAUAUGGCUUGCCAGUCUUCUGGAAUCAUUGCGAGCAAUAUCUACCGUCAGGAUGACAAACCUCGCUAUCGCCGUGGGAACCGUGUGCUUGUGUCCUUGUGUGCGUUGAAUGUCGGACUAUAUGCCUUUGCGAAGGUCUACUACACUCUACGCAACAAAUAUCGCGACCGUGUUUGGAAUAGCAUGACCGAGGAACAGCGCACUGAGUAUUUGGCUACGACGACUGAUCAAGGGAAUAAACGGUUGGACUUCCGCUUUGCUAGCUAA